AGUGACCACGAUAAAAUCCCCAGGGAGAAGAAGCCACGUAAAAAUUUGGAGUGUGGAGAAAGCUGCAGUCAGAGAUCCCAUUCCACUUCCCAUCAACAAAGUCUCAUUGGAAAGAAACUCUAUCAGUGCAUGGAAUGUGGAAAGACCUACACAUGUAGCUCCUCUCUCACUUCCCAUCGCAGAAUUCAUACAGGGGAGAAACCCUAUAAGUGCGUGGAAUGUGGAAAGAGCUUCAGGAAUAGCUCCCAUCUCACUUCCCAUCAAAGAAUUCAUACAGGGGAAAAACCCUAUCAGUGUGUGGAAUGUGGAAAGAGCUUCAGUCAGAGUGCCAAUCUCACUAAGCAUCAGAGAAUUCAUACAGGGGAGAAACCCUAUCAGUGUGUGGAAUGUGGAAAGAGCUUCAGUCGGAGUGCCAGUCUCACUAAGCAUCAGAGAAUUCAUACAGGGGAGAAACCCUAUCAGUGUGUCAAAUGUGGAAAGAGCUUCACUGAAAGCUCCUCUCUCACUUUCCAUCAAAUAAUUCAUACAGGGGAGAAACCCUAUCAGUGUGUGGAAUGUGGAAAGAACUUCAGGAAGAGUUCCCAUCUCACUAAGCAUCAGAGAAUUCAUACAGGGGAGAAACCCUAUCAGUGCGUGGAAUGUGGAAAGAGCUUCACUCACAGCCACAAUCUCACUUCCCAUCAAAGAAUUCAUACAGGGGAGAAACCCUAUCAGUGUGUGGAAUGUGGAAAGAGCUUCAGUCAGAGCUCCUCUCUCACUAAGCAUCAAAGAAUUCAUACAGGGGAGAAACCCUAUCAGUGUGUGGAAUGUGGAAAGAGCUUCAGUCAGAGCUCCGAUCUCACUAAUCAUCAAAGAAUUCAUACAGGGGAGAAACCCUAUCAGUGUGUGGAAUGUGGAAAGAGUUUCACUCACAGCCGCAGUCUCACUUCCCAUCAAAGAAUUCAUACAGGGGAGAAACCCUAUCCGUGUGUGGAAUGUGGAAAGAGCUUCACUCACAGCCACAGUCUCACUUCCCAUCAAAGAAUUCAUACAGGGGAAAAACCGUAUCAGUGUGUGGAAUGUGGAAAGAGCUACAGGAAGAGCUGCUCUCUCACUUCCCAUCAAAGAAUUCAUACAGGGGAGAAACCCUAUCAGUGCAUGGAAUGUGGAAAGAGCUUCACUCACAGCCACAAUCUCACUUCCCAUCAAAGAAUUCAUACAGGGGAGAAACCCUAUCAGUGUGUGGAAUGUGGAAAGAGCUUCAGUCAGAGUGCCAAUCUUACUUUCCAUCAAAGAAUUCAUACAGGGGAGAAACCCUAUCAGUGUGUGGAAUGUGGAAAGAGCUUCAGUCAGAGCUCCUCUCUCACUUUCCAUCAAAUAAUUCAUACAGGGGAGAAACCCUAUCAGUGUGUGGAAUGUGGAAAGAACUUCAGGAAGAGUUCCAAUCUCACUUCCCAUCAAAGAAUUCAUACAGGGGAGAAACCCUAUCAGUGUGUGGAAUGUGGAAAGAGCUUCAGUCAGAGCUCCUCUCUCACUAAGCAUCAAAGAAUUCAUACAGGGGAGAAACCCUAUCAGUGUGUGGAAUGUGGAAAGAGCUUCACUGAUAGCUCCAAUCUCACUUACCAUAAAAGAAUUCAUACAGGGGAGAAACCCUAUUAGUGUGUGGAAUGUGGAAAGAGCUUCAGUCAGAGUUCCCUUCAGAGAUCCCAUUCCACUUCCCAUCAACAAAGUCUCAUUGGAAAGAAACUCUAUCAGUGCAUGGAAUGUGGAAAAAGCUUCAGGAAGAGCUCCGAUCUCACUUCCCAUCGCAGAAUUCAUACAGGGGAGAAACCCUAUAAGUGCGUGGAAUGUGGAAAGAGCUUCAGGAAUAGCUCCCAUCUCACUUCCCAUCAAAGAAUUCAUACAGGGGAAAAACCCUAUCAGUGUGUGGAAUGUGGAAAGAGCUUCAGUCAGAGUGCCAAUCUCACUAAGCAUCAGAGAAUUCAUACAGGGGAGAAACCCUAUCAGUGUGUGGAAUGUGGAAAGAGCUUCAGUCAGAGUGCCAGUCUCACUAAGCAUCAGAGAAUUCAUAAAGGGGAGAAACCCUAUCAGUGUGUCAAAUGUGGAAAGAGCUUCACUGAAAGCUCCUCUCUCACUUUCCAUCAAAUAAUUCAUACAGGGGAGAAACCCUAUCAGUGUGUGGAAUGUGGAAAGAACUUCAGGAAGAGUUCCCAUCUCACUUCCCAUCGCAGAAUUCAUACAGGGGAGAAACCCUAUCAGUGCGUGGAAUGUGGAAAGAGCUUCACUCACAGCCACAAUCUCACUUCCCAUCAAAGAAUUCAUACAGGGGAGAAACCCUAUCAGUGUGUGGAAUGUGGAAAGAGCUUCACUCACAGCCACAAUCUCACUUCCCAUCAAAGAAUUCAUACAGGGGAGAAACCCUAUCAGUGUGUGGAAUGUGGAAAGAGCUUCAGUCAGAGCUCCGAUCUCACUAAUCAUCAAAGAAUUCAUACAGGGGAGAAACGCUAUCAGUGUGUGGAAUGUGGAAAGAGUUUCACUCACAGCCACAGUCUCACUUCCCAUCAAAGAAUUCAUACAGGGGAGAAACCCUAUCAGUGUGUGGAAUGUGGAAAGAGCUUCACUCACAGCCACAGUCUCACUUCCCAUCAAAGAAUUCAUACAGGGGAGAAACCCUAUCAGUGUGUGGAAUGUGGAAAGAGCUUCACUCACAGCCACAGUCUCACUUCCCAUCAAAGAAUUCAUACAGGGGAGAAACCCUAUCAGUGUGUGGAAUGUGGAAAGAGCUUCAGUCAGAGCUCCCAUCUCACUUCCCAUCAAAGAAUUCAUACAGGGGAGAAACCCUAUCAGUGUGUGGAAUGUGGAAAGAACUUCAGGAAGAGUUCCAAUCUUACUUUCCAUCAAAGAAUUCAUACAGGGGAGAAACCCUAUCAGUGUGUGGAAUGUGGAAAGAGCUUCAGUCAGAGCUCCUCUCUCACUUUCCAUCAAAUAAUUCAUACAGGGGAGAAACCCUAUCAGUGUGUGGAAUGUGGAAAGAACUUCAGGAAGAGUUCCAAUCUCACUUCCCAUCAGAGAAUUCAUACUGGGGAGAAACCCUAUCAGUGUGUGGAAUGUGGAAAGACCUUCACAUGUAGCUCCUCUCUCACUUCUCAUCGCAGAAUUCAUACAGGGGAGAAACCCUAUCAGUGUGUGGAAUGUGGAAAGAGCUUCACUGAUAGCUCCAAUCUCACUUGCCAUCAAAGAAUUCAUACAGGGGAGAAACCCUAUCAGUGUGUGGAAUGUGGAAAGAGCUUCAGUCAGAGUUCCCAUCUCACUUCCCAUCAAAGAAUGCAUACAAUGGUCAGAAAAACCAUUAUACAGCUUUAGGAGCCAGGCGAAUCCGCACCUUUUUAACCAGGCUU